AUGGUAACGACAAGAGCUGCAAACCAAAGUCGCGAUACAAAAUCAAAAAGAUCAAACAAACAAGCGAAUUCAAAGAAAGUAUUAAAAACGCAAAAUCCCAAGAAGAAGCCAAAGACAGAGAACUCGUUAAAGAAUCUUCAAAAGCAAGUUAGGCAGGAUCGGCGGUGGUCAUUGAAAAAAUAUGAACCUAAUAAAAAGCCGGAUGAAUACUUUAAAGAAGGGAAGUAUAUUUUAGUUAAAUAUAGUCACUAUCCAUGGUGGCCCUCUAGGAUCGUCCGCAGAGAAGAGAUACCCUCGGAUAUAUUGAAACGAUUACCAAAAUACAAGGGGCUAGCAGUACAAUUCCUUCCUUCUAGAGACUAUGCAAUCAUUCCAGUGAGUAAUGUUGGCUGUUUGGAUUUGUAUGAGUGUUUAUAUGUUUUGGAAUCAAACCGGUUUACUUCUCAUAUUAGACAGACCAUUGAGGCAAUUGCCGAGUCUAUCAAGAAAGAUUGCUCGUUUUCUGAUGUUGAGGAAACAGAAGAAGAUGAGGAAGAAAACGAACAAUCUGAAGAUCAUGAAAACGAGCAGAUAUCUUCAGCAUCAAAAGCAGGUAAAGGAUCGAAUGACAAAAGGACUCCCAAAAGAAGCCAAGAUAAAGAAAAAGGAGAAAUCUCAGCUCGUGACUCUCAUGGCCGAUUUAUUCGACAGAAAGUCCAAACGGUUUCCCCAAUCCUUGCACCUCCAGAAGAAGUAAAGGAAGAAUUGGACGAGGAAGCGGAAAAAAUUAUCCAUGCUUCGCCAAAGCUCCCAGUAUUUUCUUUGAACCUUCAGCUAAAUCAGCCUCUUAGUACAGCGGAACUUUACGCUCAAGCCCAUUAUGCUCGAGCAAAGACGUUACUGUAUUACCGAUACAAGUUACAAAAAAUUCUGCUUACUUUCAAUCACUACCCUACUGAAUCCGAAAUGACCGAUGUCCAUUAUAUUUUGGAAAAAUUAGAAAACUUUUCAGGUCUGAACGCUGAAUUGAUUGAAAACACAAAGCUUAUUGAGUUUUCUUCUCAAUUAAAGAAGCUAUCUGACUUGCAACUAGAACAUCGAUACCAUUUUGUUGACAGAUUCCACAUCCUAUUUACCUAUUUUUUGAGACUGUCGAACAAACCAAUUUCUUCCUCCCUUGAAACGAACCGCUAA